AUGUCAUCACAACCUUCUCGUCUUCUUCCAGCUUCAUCUUUUGCUUUUCCGAUUGAUUUUUCACUCUCAAAAGUAUUAUCCAGUGUUUCUAGUUUGAAAACUUUGAGCGAUGAAGCCUCUCUGAAAAUGUCCAACUUUCUCCACACAACAUUACUGUAUUGGCUGUUCAAUGGACUCGGUGGUCAACAGAUUUUUAAAUUACGCAAGGAUUUGGAAGACUAUGAUCAUGUGAAGAAAUUAGUGGAAGAUUACUUGCAAGAGGUCAAACGAGAACAAAUCGAUUCCAAGAAGGGAAGUUUUCAUCAUCAGGAUGACCACUUGGAUGAAACACCUGAGAAUCAUCAAUAUUCCUCACUGAACGAUUUCAUUCAUCGUCUCACCUCUCAAUGUAUACCUCCAGAUUUGAAAAUGCAUGCUCAAGCAGAAGCAUUGAAAACUUGUUUCAAGAUGAAUAGUUUGUUAUCUUCUUCUUCAGAAGAAGGCUCACUGGACGCGUCCCAACACUUUCCACUGAAUGAACUUGGUUUGAAUUUUCAAGUCCAGCAAAUACAAACAUUCAUUGAAAAGCACUGCUCGUUCCAAGCACAAGCCUUUCAAGAGAAAGUUCAUGUGCUUGAAGUGUAUGCAGCCUUCACUGCCAUCUUGGAAUAUUUGAGUGCAGAGAUUUUGGAAUUGUCGAGUUCUCAUUUGUCUUCAUCCUCCUCGGAUCCGAAAUGUUUGAGUGUUGAGGCUCUUGAGAAAGGAGUCCUUAGUGAUAGUGCGUUGUUGGAUUUACCAUACUCUGUCUUGAUGUUAUUGUAA